AUGGCUCGAUACACGGAUCGCAAGCUGAAUCGCAAGCUCAACUUCAUCGGCUCCGAGAUCUAUUUCGACGGUACCGCUAGAGGUCAGGCCAAAAACUUGUAUGAGCCGGGAAGCAACAUUAUCAACAACUGGGAUGUCUUGGAGGGUGCUCUGGAUUACCUCUUCAUUAAACUGGGCAUUGAUGGCUCUAAGGGACACGUCGACCGCCCUGUCGUCAUGACCGAGCCCUUGGCCAACCUGCAGUACUCCAAGCGCACCAUGUCCGAAAUCCUCUUCGAGCUGUACGGCGUUCCCGCAGCUGCAUACGGCGUCGACUCACUCUUCUCCUACGCCUACAACGGCGGUAGUACUGGUCUCGUUGUCUCCUCUGCAUACACAUCAACCCACCUGAUCCCUGUCGUCGACUCGAAGCCGCUUCUUGCACAGGCUACGCGCCUGGACUGGGGCCGCUCGCAAUGUGCCGAUUACCUCAACAAGCUUCUACGCGCAAAGUACCCUGCACUACCCGGCAAGAUAAACGAUACUCAGAUCGAGGAUCUGGUCCGUCAGCAUUGCUAUGUUUCCCAGGACUACAAUCGAGAAAUGGCAAACUAUCUAGACUGGACUGGUCUCGAAGAUCGCGACGUACUGGUUCAACUGCCCUUCACCGAGAAAGAGGUCGUUAUGAAGACUGAGGAAGAACUUGCAAGAGCUGCUGAGAAGCGCAAAGAGAGUGGUCGUAGACUACAAGAGCAAGCUGCCAAGAUGCGCCUCGAGAAGCUCAUCCGCAAGGAACAAGAGUUGGAAUACUAUAAGGAUCUUCAACAAAAGCUUGCCACCGCAACUAAGAAAGACGCCAAAACUAUGCUCGAAGCCGAGGACUUCAACGAUGAAUCACAACUGGAGCGAAAGAUCAAGGACAUGGAACGCUCCAUCCGAAAACAAAGGAACAAAGAUGUUGGCGAUGUCGACGAGCCCGAAGAAAUCCCAACUUAUCCUUUGCUUGACAUUGCAGACGAAGAGCUCGACGAGGAAGGAUUGAAGCAAAAGCGUCAGCAACGCUUGAUGAAGUCCAACCACGACGCUCGCGCUCGCGCAAAGGCGGAGAAAGAACGCGAAAAGGCUAGAGUCGCCGAAGAGGAGCGUCUGGACUCUGAACGCCGAGAGAACGACACCGAGGGUUGGCUACAAGAAAGAAGAGUCGCUCGCCAGAACAUGAUUCAGCGCAUCAAAGAACGUGAUCGUCUCAAGGCGGACCUCGGAAAUCGCAAGUCACUCGCGAGUCAGAUCCGCAUGAAGAAUAUUGCUAAUUUGGCAUCUGACAACCCCAAGAAGCGUCGCCGGGGUGGGGAUGAUGACACCUUCGGCGCUGACGAUGCCGACUGGGGUAUCUAUCGUCAGAUUGCCACUGGCGAUCAGAGCGACGACGAAGAAGAGGAAGACCUUGGUGCCAAUCUCAAGAAUAUCGAGGCUCAGCUUCUCAAGUAUGAUCCAACGUUCACAGAGCAGAGCACUCAAGAGGCACAGCAAGACUGGACUAAGAGUGUACUUCAUUCAUUCCUGCGCGGUCCUUGGCCUUUUGAUCCAGAGAGUCAAAGAGAGCUCAAUCAGAUACACCUGAACGUCGAGCGCAUCCGUGUGCCCGAGGUCAUCUUCCAGCCCGGUAUCGCAGGCAUUGACCAAGCAGGCAUUGUCGAGAUCGCCGAAGACAUUAUCACACAGCGUCUUUCCGGCUCCUCGAGGCGCGACGACAUGCUCAAGGAUAUAUUCUUGACUGGUGGCUACACACACUUUCAAGGUUUCGAAGAGCGUCUGCGCAACGAGUUGCGCGCUGUAUUGCCUGCGGACAUCUCUCUCGGCGUACGCAAAGCCAAAGACCCCGUUCUCGACGCCUGGAGAGGUGCUGCGAAGUGGGCCGCUAGUCCGACUUCCAGACAGUCGUUCGUGUCACGAGCGGAAUAUCACGAAAAGGGAGCAGACUACAUCAAGGAGCACAACCAGGGAAAUGCAGCUUUUUGA